AUGAAUCGUCAAACAGGUUUAUUACGUCAACAUGAAAUGCGUGCGACGCAACAAGUUGCAACGCAACGAUCCACACAAUCACUCGCCAAAGUUCAGGAAUACAGUUCGACACCACCACGACAGUCACAACGAAGUGCACAAGAAACGAACAUGUUCAUAACACGAAUACUUGACGAAUGUGGUUUGGAAAUAAAGAUGGCUGAUGAAGAGAAUAUGAAUAACAAUGAUGAAUUGAAUCUUGAAUUGAAAGUCGAUCAAGGAAUAUUAGCCAAACGCUUAUCUCAACGUUUACGUUCAGCGUCAAGUACAACUUCUGUCACAACAACAUCCACGUCGAUAUCGUUAAAACAAUUCGAAAAUGAAUUAGUUUCAUUCUUCUCUAAUGACUCCAUAUUUCGGUCCUCGUUACUUCCAACAUCAAGUACAGAUGAUGUUUCACCGCUUCGGUCUCAACAACAAGAUAGUCUCAUGAGAAUAUUGCUAUGUGUUGACGAAUUGCAAAUGUUUCUUGCUAAAUAUUUACUCAAACGUCUCGUUCGAUUCGACAAUAAAGGUGGCGAUCGUGUUAUUGUACAAAAUCUACCAUUAUCGAUGAUACGUCUCAUUUUACAAACAUUUCAUUAUUUACCUAUUGGAAAAUCGACCAAUGCCAAAGAAUUACUUGACUUUUAUUUAGAUGUGAUCGAUCUAGUAACGAAUAAUGAUGUACGUUGUCACAUGAUCUCACUCGUGACAGAUAUUUUCUGUGAUGAUUAUCUACAAAACGAUAUCGUGAUAAAAUUAGAAGAGAAACUUGAUUCAACGAAUGUAGAGAUUGUCAAACAGGUUCUAUCAACAUUGAUCACAUUACAAUUGAGUGAAUCAACCGACCGACAUGUGAUCGAUCUAGUAACGAAUAAUGAUGUACGUUGUCAGAUGAUCUCACUCGUGACAGAUAUUUUCUGUGAUGAUUAUCUACAAAACGAUAUCGUGAUAAAAUUAGAAGAGAAACUUGAUUCAACGAAUGUAGAGAUUGUCAAACAGGUUCUAUCAACAUUGAUCACAUUACAAUUGAGUGAAUCAACCGACCGACGUAUUCGAGAAAAGAUUAUUCCGAUGAUAAUGACCGGCAUUUCAGAUGUUAAAGUUGAAUGUUUCAAUUACCUAUUCGAAACAUCGACGAAAGUGAAUAUGUUCGAAACAGUUCUAUUAUUUCGUGAUGUGGCCAUCGUAUCUGGAAGACGAUCGGAUCGUUUGACCUCUUCGACAACGGAUAAUUUUUCAUCAGUGGCCAGUCUUUUCGACCGAUUUGAACAUUACUUUCAAUCAUCACGUAUUCUCUUUCGAACUUGCCAAGAAAAACAUCCAAUUACGGCGGAUAUGUGUCUAAAAAUCAACAGUUAUUUUCUCUUUGACUUUUUCGUCGGUAUUCUUCUUGCCAAUCGUUCCUAUUACACGAAUUUGAAGACAUUUGUUAAAAAACUCGGCGAAGAACCUUCAAUCAUUCGUGCUAUUCAUACGCAUCUAUCAUCAAAUUUGUCAUUCGUGAUCAAAUACGCCCAGCAAAUCUUUCGUUUUGCCGUAGCGAUAUUUCAACAAUUGUCAUUUGGAAAUUUUCCGGCAAUCACAACGACAAAUAAUUCCUUAUCAUCCACGAAUCUGAUUCAUUUACAGAUCGGUCUUCAGCUAGCUGUUAUGCUGGUUGAUUUACUCUUUUCCAUCAGCCAAGAAGUGAAACAUAUACCGGACUUUCAUGAGCAAAUCGUCAGUGCUCUGGUGCGGAUGGCAAUCAUCUUUCAACAUCGAUAUAUUCAACGUUUCCAAAUUUUGAAGUUAUUGAAACGUUUCUGCUAUCGAUUUAAAACAAAAAUGUUAACAUGUGAAUCAUAUUUAAAGAAUAUGUUCGAAUAUAUCGAUGUAUUUCGUGGUGAUCAUCUUCGUCUGGUAUUUGCCAUUCUUGCUUCAAUGUAUAAUACAGGUGUAUAUAAUGAUUUGAAUAUGUUUGUUACAAAGUGUUUGAUUCAACCGCAUAAGGAAAAGGCGCGAGGUGUUUUCGGUGCAAUUGAAAUCUUUCGAUCAUUGUUACUUAGACAUGUUGCUGAUUUAGCACAAGUACCAAUGGAAAACAACAAACGACUGGAUGGAAAAUUAUCGAAUCAUGAAAAUGAAUUGAAAGAUCUGCUCGGUCUCGUUCAAUCUUCCGGUAUGCAAUGUCCUCAAACGUUAGCAUUGUUCUACGAUGAAUUAGCGAAUAUCCUUGGUUCAACCAAUGUUAAACAAUUACAACAACAGCAACAGACGUGUUCAUCGAUGCAAAUUGACACCCAGUCUCUCGAUUGGUUUGCUAUCUCAGCAGCGGACAUGUUUCAAGAAGCUUUUCUUAAUGAUAGUGAUAUAUCUUUAACAUCGAAUUCACUCGAUAAUCAUCAUCACCGUUUUCCUCAACAAACUCGCAUCGUCUACAGUUUUCCUGGCCAAACAGCCAAUGCAGCGGUGCUCAAUCUUGCUAAUAUCAUUUCGAAAUAUCAUCAAUAUCGAACGAUGAGUGAUACGAGUUCCUCGCCCAUCUUAUUAGCGCCCAUGCUUCGCUUAAUCGUCUUAGCCUCAUGGUCGAAUAUUGACCAAGUCGAUGCUGUUCUUCAAUGUUCAUUACGCAUUCCGGACCUUUCACCGUCGAAUGAUAUUGAUAUUGAUUCGCCGAAGUCUUUGGAAUAUUAUCGUGAUAAAUUAAAAGACUUGUCCAAUUCUUCAUUGAAUAUUGUAUGCGAUGUUUAUUAUUAUGCCAGUCGAUUAUUUCGUGAAAUAUGUAAUUUAUUAGCAUCGACGAUGAAUCAAAACCAAUCGUUGAUUUCUACAAGACUUGAACAACUGACUGAUAUCGAAGAACAUUUUGCUAUUUCGGUACAAAUAUGUCGACAACAGUAUGGAUUCUACGAACCUAUUUGCUCUAAUCUCGAAAUCAACCAGGCGAAGAAGAUUACGAAGAAACCAGCUUCAACGAAAUCUAAAUCAAAGAAAUCACAAGGAGCAAAGCGAACAAUGCCAACAACGGAAGAAGAUGAAGAAGAUGACGAAAGUAAAAGCGAAGAUGAAGAAAAUACUAACAAGAAGAAAUCUCGAACUUCAGUUGUACCAAAAUCAAAAGCCAAACCUAAAGCGAAAUCAAAACAACCAUCGAUCUUCGAUAUUUACGAAUUCGAUAUUCGUCCUUUGGAAUAUGUGACGUUUCACUAUAUCACGACAUAUCUCGAACAGCUACCGAAGAGUAGUGGCAAGCAACGUUUAACCAUCCUGCGCUGUGUCUCAACAUUAAUGGGAGAUCUUCAUCGUUUGCUAACAAAUAACAAUUCGUCCAUAUCAUCCAUAGGCGUGAUUAAAAAGCGGUUUAAUACUCAUACAGCGCCAACGACAUUACAAACCCAACAAAUACGUGCCGAACAUGCCGAACACGACGAAGAUUUCGAUGAGAACAACGACGAUAAACUUGAUCUGAUGACAUUAGAAUCCUUCGAAAUGUUUUUAGUACAAGUUAUACAUACGAUGAAAUAUAUACAUAUGUUCAUGGGCACAACAAACACGGAUGAAACAGCGAAUCAAUCGAUGGAUACAGAUGAUGAUGUGAAUUGCUUGAUCGAUCGUGAUCAAAGUCGUGAUUUGGCUAGUCGUGCAUUCUAUUACGCACUGGAUAGUUUUUACUUUCUCUUAAGUUUAUUCAAAGUUAAACAGACAAAUUGGCAGAAAGAUCUGGAACGAGAUACAACGUGUUUAAGUCGCUUAUUGGCAAUCGUUGGCAAACACAUUUUGUCAACAAAAGAGCAGAAAGAAAAUGAAAGAGUUCGAAUUUUGAAAAAGAUCUUCUCAUUUGCUGAAAUUCUCAAUCUAAUUGACGCAACUCGACUUUGUCAAGCUUUAGAAUUAUUCAUUCAAUUAUUCGAUGAAGAAGAGCAACAAGAUGAAUUGUACAAAAUAUUCACAGCUAAAUGUCGUCAUUUCUUAGAAGAAUGUAGUCUUGAUACAACUUCAAGUACAGUCAUAUCAUUUUCAAAGAUUUCAACUGUACGCGCAGUUGAGACACUGCUGAAUUUAUAUUUACUCCAUCUGGAAUCCGACGAGAUUACAGGUGUUAUUGUUGGUAUAGUAGAUUAUUCGUUGAAGAUUGUGACACGAGCCAAUGAUAAUGAUGAAACUGAUGACACGACAGAGAAUGCCAUUGUUGACCUUUCAACAUGGAAUAUGAAGUCAACGUUUAUCGUCUAUUUUCGUUGUCUAUUCAAACAUUUCAUCAUCAAAGCACGAUCGAUUAAAUUACCGAAUGAAUCGAAAAGGAAAGCUGAACUCGAAACAAUCUGUGCGGAGUGGUUGGAAUUAAACGAUCUAUUUCGCAAAUUUGUCUCAUUUGUGACCAUUGAUCAAAUCUAUGCAAAAAAUGCUACGAUCAUUUCGACUGUUCUUCGGUGUUCGAAACAAUAUAUUGAUGUUUUCCGAGCUCGUGCUAUGCCAACAUUAGAUCUCUAUUUUCUUCACGAUACACACGGAACAAAACAAUUGCUAACUGUGUUACAAAAAUCGACGCGAUUGUUACAAUCACUCUGCAACAUGGUCAAAAAAGAUCAAAAACAUAUGUCCUGCAUACGAUUAGUACCGGCAUUGAAGCGGACUUUGGAAAUGCUGAUGUGUCGAGCUAAAGUUAUGGUAGAUGUGAAUAAUUGUCCAGCAAAUGUUUUCUGUAUUGGUCAAUUGAAAGCGAAAGAUUUGAAAGGAAAUGAAUUGAGUGAUGUUACAUAUCGUCAGCAACAAGAAGAAGAUGAAAAUGAUACUUCUUCAACAAUGGAUGACGAUUCGAAUGACGUACAACCCGAUCAAGACGAAGAGGAUGAAGAAGAAGAGGAGGAGGAGCAAGAGGAAGAAUGA